UUUUAUGACAAAAAUAGCAUGUUCUAUUCAUUUUAAUGACAAAUAGCUUGCUACUUUCAAUGUUUAACCUCUAGGAGGAAAUCAGUUGAGAUGAUUAUGUAACCAAAUGGAUUUCAUGAAAUGCUUCACUGAAUAGGACUCUACUGCUCUCUCUGUAUCAAAAGUUAUUUAAUAAUUUUAAAAUUGGGCUCAUAAGGUGCCAGCAUUUGAAGAACAGAUUCAUAGCAAUGUGGUUGUGGCUUAUGCAAUGGAUCUAUUGGAUCUUGUACAAAAAGUGUUAAAUGCAUGUGUUCGUCAAAAAAAUCUAGAAGGGGCAUUUUGGGUAUUGCAGCAGCUAAAGGAACAGGGACAACAACCUAAUACCAUAACAUAUGGACUCAUAAUGGAGGUAUUCACAUUGUUAUCGUCUUGUUUUCUUUUCUUUAACUUAUAUUUAUAUUUAUAUUACCUUGUUUUUUAUAUGGUGCUAAAGGUAAUGCUUCCAUGUGAAAAGUAUAAUCUUGUUCAUGAGUUUUUCAAAAAAAAUGCAGAAAUCAUUUAUUCCAAAUUCAUUAACUUACAAAGUUGUUGUGAAUACACUCUGGAAAGAAGGGAGAAUUGAUGAGGCGUUUGCAGCCAUUGAAGAUAUGGAAAGAUGUGGAAUAGUUGGUUCAGCAGCAGUUUAUUAUGACCUUGCUAUAUGCUUAUGUAGUGCAGGAGGAUGCAAUGAGGCUCUUAUACAACUGGGGUUAGUAAUUGAUCUUACAAAUACGUCUCGUUAUUAUUCUAUGAAUGAUUGGAAGAAAGAAGGCAUCAAGUAUGUUAUGGAAGUUGAAGUUAUUUAUGGUAGUGAUCUUGAUACUUCUGUUUAUGGUAGUGGGUUUCCACGUGCAUCUGAUGAAAGACCAUCACCAUUGGUGGUUCAAUCAAUGUCAUUUAGUAAUAUUUGGAAAUACAGCCUCUUAAUCCUUCUGAGGGGGUGUUUGUUGGGCUGCUUCUUUCAAUGUCAUUAAGGGCUGCUUCUUUCAAUGUCAUUAACAACAGUGGUUUUGAAGUUUUUGAUCGAAAAGAAUAGUGUUAAUGCUCUUCAUAGAAAAGUAUAUUGGUAGUUUAGGAAAUUUGGCGAAUAAUUUAGUUAAUUAUAUAAAAAAUAUUGAAAUGUUACAUUUGUCUAUUAUUGGAAUGAUUAUUUGUAUGACAUUAAAUUUUGUGCAAUAUAUUGUA